AUGGAAAAGAACCUACUUCUUGUUUUCUUCUGUAACAUCCUGUUUAUUUUUUCGGCAGCAUGUAAGGACAGUAACAGGAACCAACCUAACAGGCUAAAAAGGGAUUUCAGGCUAUCGCCAAUACAUGUCACUUCCAUGGGAAGUGACCAAUUCGAACAUGGCAGUGAAGUAAAUGGACAUGAACAAAAUAAUCCUAACAAUGACAAUGAUAACAGUAAUGAGUACCCUAAUGAAGAUAGCAAAAUAAGAGGCGAAAACGUAAAUACGACUCACUUACAAAAUAAUCCAUCCUUCAUAUCCUUAAAAAAUUAUAAAAUUGCAAGAAAACCAUCACGCUAUUCAUACCUAGAUAAGAACAAAAUAUAUGGAGUUAAUACAAAAAAUAAUGAUAAAAAAUAUAUACAGAAAGAGAUUAAUACCAUUCCAAAUACAUUCAUACAGAAAUCUAAAAGUGGCACCCCUGCAGCAGUGACUCCAGUGAAUAAUCUGGAUUAUGUUUGUGUCCUGAAUGAGGAUGGCAGAGUAAUUUCAUUUUUUCAUCCAUUUAAUCCGGAAAUUUAUGCUUUUAGAGAAAUGAGAGAGUACACAGAACAUUACAACGAUUUGGUUGUAACAAUCAUGAGAACGUUUAAUGUAGAAAUAUUACGCAUUGAGAACAUUAUAUCUCAGAGUAUGAAUGAAUGCAUAAAACAAGCUAACGAAUUGAAUACUUUAAUAUAUCAUCUAGAAAAUCCAGAAGGACAUGGUAUUCGAGAAAGUGAAUACGGUACUAAGAAGCAAAACUACAAAAACAAACUUGCUACUUUAUAUGCAUGCAUGAGAACAAAUUAUAACAAAAAUAAAAAAGAAAUUCAAAUAACUAAGGCAAGAGUCUAUCAUACUGUAGAUGAUAUAUCCUGCUACUGGUUUAACUUCUGUCCAACAGGUGUGUAUUAUGAUAUGAUUACGCGACGUAAUCAUAAUGUUAGAAAUCAAAAUAACGUUGCAUACAUUACUUCAGUCCUAAAUAAAAUAAAGCAAAUAUAUUUGUCUGGUAAAGAUAUAAUAAAGAAAGUAAAAGAAGAGUUAAAUAAAAGUCUUGCCUCUGAAGCAACAGAAUUUAUAUUAGAAGAAAUUGACUAUAUUAUAGAUGAUAUGGAAAUUCACUUAAGAAAAAUUAAUAGUUCAAUUGAAACUAUACGUAAGCUUUCUAAACAAGAAGUCUGGAACAACUUCCAAAGAUAUACACUUCAAAAUUCAUUCUUCUUUUUAGCCUACGCUUACUCCAAUUAUAAAGUUAGUACUGACUUCUUAAAAAAAUUGGACAUUGCGUCCAACAUCAAAAUAGAUAAACUUUAUCAAACAUUUACAAAAUUCGAGGACAGCCUCAACAACCUAAUAAAUACUCGUAUAUCAUCUACAUAUUCUAUGUCAAGUAUUAAUUAUAUUCUUCUUGGUUCUGAAGAAAUUUUAAAAUCUGUAGAAACAUUACGCGGUUCUAGUUACGACGAGAUAAAAGAAUAUGUACUUUAUUCGAAUACCCAAAUAGAAGAGGCUAAGAAAAUUUUAGAUCAAAAAGUGCUUAAAUUAGAAGAAUACCUAAAAGAUACAAAGGAGUUAGUUAAAACAGUAAAUGAAAAAUUUAAAUUAAAUAUAAAAGCAAGUGAAGAUUUAGAACAGAAAAGAAACAAAACCAAGGAAAAAAAGACUUCUCUAGAGAAAUGUAAGAUACUCCUAGAUGUUAUAGACGCAAUAAAAUCAGAUAAAAAUAAGUUAACCCAAAAUAAUAAGGAAAUAGAGAAAUAUUCAGGACAGAUUAAUACUACAAAAAGCAAUUUGGAAAAAUCAGCGACGAGUAUUAAUGAAGAUGUGAAAAAAAUUAAAGAAUUAAUUGAAAAUGAAAAAAAACGUCGUUCCAUGAAAGAUGAAAUAAAAAAACACUUGAAAUAUUUCCCUGAUACGUUGGACAACAUAAAAAAAAUCAUUUCCCAUAAGGACGAAAUAAAUAAAUAUAUUCUUAGCAUUGAAAAUUUGAUUAAAGGUGCUCCCUAUAUCGGGCAAGAAUUUACAACUAAAAAAACGGAAUUGGAAGACAAAGCAAAAUCAAUCAUUGAUUCAUUUUAUAAUGAAAAUUUACAAGCAUUUGUAGACAAGCUAACAGAAUCCUAUACACAACUUCAAGCCUUAGAUAAGGAAGAAAAUACUAAAGAAGAAACUGAUCAGCUGUACGAACAAACGAAAGUAAAAUAUCAAGAACUUGUGAAUAUGAAAUGCGAUGAUAUACCCCAAAUGUUAAAUAAUUUGAAUGGAGUGGUAAAUAGUCUCUCAGAGCUAAAGAACAAAAUAAUAGAGGAACAUGCUCAAAAAAUAAAGAAAGAUAUGUCAAGCACGUUGAGUAAUCUAACUAAAGAAACUGAGCGAUUAAGAGAUAGGCUGAAGGACUACGAACAGAGUGCAGAAAAAAUGAAAUCCUACAUAAAUAGGAUAAAUGAGAUGAAAGGCAAAUUUCUCACUACUUUAAUCGAGAAAGAUGAAGACAUUCCAGAAGGAAAAGCUAUCUAUGAAGAAUAUACAAAGCAUAAGGGUGAUGUGGAUAAUAAGGAAAGCACACUAACUCGCGGUAUUGGCGUACUCAGAGAAAAUAUAAGAAAGGCUAGCGGACAAAUUGAACCUUACAAGAACGUAAUGCAAAAGUUAGAAACAGAGAACAGUGAGACAUAUCAGGAAAUUAAAACUUCGUUCGAACGUUUUAACACUAAUAUUGGAAAUUUAGAAUUGGAAAAACUUCAACAAGAAUUAAGCCGUCACAAAGAAUCCGUUAGUAGUAGCAUAAACCAAAUAGAGAAUACGAAAAAGGUGAUAGACACACUUAAGUCUUUAAAUAUUAUUGCAAAUAACUCGAACAAAAACGCACAAUUAAUCCUAAAAAUAAAAGAUAACAAGAAUCAUUUAGUAAAAAAAAUAGAUAACCAUAUUAAGGAAUUAAAUAGUUACAAUAUAGUAGAAGAAAAAGACAGAUUAUCCCUUUUGAACACCUUAAAUGAUGAAAGAAAUAACGUAGAAAGUGAAAUACCUGAAGCGUCAAUAUUAAAAUUAGAAGCAGAUGAAAAAGCUUUGAAGCAUUACUGUGAAAAUGAAAAGAACAAUAUUUAUAAAAGCAUGGUAACAAAAUCGGAAAAUUUAGAAAAAUAUAAAACUCAGUGCCAUAACACAGAACUAGAAAUAAACAAAUUCAAUGCUAAUUAUGAAGUAUUAGAAAAAAAAAUAGACGAGUUGGUAAAAGAUCAACAUAACCAAAUUAUAAUAUUCGUUAAUAAACUCAUAACAGCGAGGAAGACAGAGAUAGAUGAAAAGAUAGAGCUGGACCUAAAUUCUCUAAAGGGUAUAAAAACAAGAUUAAACUUUUUUAAUUUGGACGAAGCUGUAAAAAAUAACAUAAAUCCUACGCUUCAAAGCAAAAUAAGUGCUUUUGAAAAAUAUGUGAAAAAUACUUUGCAAAACAUAGAUAGUGAAAUUGAAAAAAUAAACAGAAUUAAGCAAAACUGCGAUGCAUAUAUGGAAACGUUCUACAAGGAAAAAGAUCAAAGCACCGAAUUCAAACAAAAAAAAGAGAACAUGGAAAAAAUUUAUAAAGAAAUGGAAGAAAGCACACUAAAAAUAUUGGACCAAAUAAAAAAAGAAAGCAGUAUAUUAAGCCAAGUAAAACAAAUCGAAAUGGAACACACAAGAAUUUUAAUUCAUCACACUGUUCACAUGAUCGAUGGGGAAAACGAAAAAGCUAAAUCGAUAAUGGCGGAUAUAGAAUCAUCUAAAAGAAAAAUUGAUGAAAUCAAACAAGGAACUAAAGAAUUCCAGCAGAAGAAUAUGAAUAAUUUCGAAUAUGAAAAAUAUUACACCAAGGCUAUACAGAGCAGCAAGCAAAUAAAUGAAUUUUCUGAGAAUGCCACAAACGAUAAAGAAAAAGCAGACAAAAGUGAAGAUAUAAAGGAAAUAGAACUUAUCAAAAAAAAAAUUAAUGGUAAUCUGCAACAAGUGAAGGUAGAAUAUAAUUCUAUGGAGGAAAUAAAAAAACAAAUUAAUAGUAUGAAAGACUUACUACUUUUGAAUAAUUCUAAUACGAUAGCUACAGAAAUAUUAAAUAAUACACAAUACGCAUUAAGUUUUAGUCAGGAAGCGGCAAAGGAACUUGAGAAAUCGAAUAAAUUAUUAAAAGAAAUAGAUACUCAGAUAGCUAAGGCAAAGGAACAUAAAGGCAAAAUUGACAUAACCUUAGAAGAUGAACAAAUAAAUGACCACGUAAACCAGAUUGAACUAAUUAAGCAUGAAUUUGUGAAUAAAAAAAAAGAAAUAGAGUCAUAUUUAGGCAAGAUAAAAGAAUAUAAAGACAAAUGCUCAACCCAAAUUAGCAAUUCAAAUAGGGGAAAAGAUAAAAUUGAAUUUUUAAAAACGGUUAAGGACAACACGGAAAGUAGUUCGAAUAACGUUGACAUGAAUAAAAUAAACGAAAAUAUAAAAGAAUCUGAAAAAUAUUUAAAGGAUGUAGAAGCUCUGGAGACACAAGCUACUAACAAUGUAACGUCAUUCUUAACACAUGAACGAACGAUCAAUAAUAUUUUCCAGGAAUCUGAGAUUCUAGGAAUAGAAACUAAAUCGAAAAAAAAAUUCAACAAAGCAACAGAAAUAAUGGAAGAAAUUAAAAAACAGAAUUCUGAAAUUCAAACAAAAGUGAAAGAUUUCCAAGGAACACUACAAAAGUUAACGAAACCCCAGAAUACCGAAAACGCAGAAAAUGAACUUUAUAAUGAGACGUCCGCCAAAGCAAAUGUACUUAUACAGACUAACCUAGAAAAAGUCAAAUAUAAUUUAUCCCAACUUGGUCAUAUAAAGCAGGAAGGGGAUAACAUAUUUAAGAGAGCCACAGACACCAUGAAUUCCCUAACAGAAACCUCUCAAAAUAAGGAUGGUAAAACAUUAGACACGGUAAAAAAGGACGAAUCUAAAUAUAUAGAAUACCUAUCCCAAAUAACUGCAUUUAAAAAUCUAAUCCUCGCAGAAAUGAAUAAGCUAAACGGAAUAAAUUCCACUAUCGUAAGUAUAGAAAAGGAAUUGAAUGGAGCCAGAAAGAAUUACGAAAUUGGACUUCUGCAAAAGAUACAUGAAGUAGGUAAAAGUAGGAAGGCAAAUAUUGAUUUAAUAAAAGAGUCCAUAAAUUCAACGAUGACCUACUUUUCUUCCCUGUUCAAUGGCCUAGAUUUAAAUAAAUACGACUUUAAUAAAAAUAUAGAUAAUUACCAACAGAAGAUGAAAGAAAUACAUAGAAAAUUUUACGAGUCGCUGAACAAAAUUGAUGAAAAUUUAAAAAAGGCAUCAGAGGAAAGCGCAAAUUAUACCUUAGCGAAUCAACUCAGACGAGAAGCUCAACAGGAAAAUGCCAAACUUAUAAAUAGCGAAGAAGAAGCAAUCAAAUACAUAAAAGAUAUUAAAAAAGUGGAAUCCAUCAGAUUUAUAAAUCACAUGAAAGAAAAUUUAAACAAAAUAAGCACAUCAAUCAAAAAAGAAAAAUUAAAAAUUAAUGAAGGACAUGAAUACAUCAAACAGCUAAUUGAAGGUAUUAAAAGCGCAGAUGAUGAACACGAUGUAUCAGAAAAAUUACAACAGGCGCAAAAAAAGAAUACAGAAUUGCAGACACUAAUGCACAUUACGCAUAAAAACAUGGCAAAAGAAAUGUUAAAACAUAUAGCUGCCUCUGCAAGUUUUAUGAAUGUUAAAAUAAUUCCAGAAUUGCCUCUAACCGAAUCACACGUAAACGGAGCAGUAGAAUUAAAAUUUCAACCGGAUGGUAAAGUAACCUUAGAAACAGGGAAUAUCUCGAAAAGCGCAACCGAAUUAGAUGUUCAGAAAAGUAUACAGGAAGCUUACCAUCUCGCUUUGGAUAUAAACAAAUGUGCAAAAGAAAUAGAAGCACAACAAACGCAAGACAAACACUUAAUCUCCACAAUAAACCAACUACAUGAUAAAAUGAAUUUCAUAAAUGAAUUAAAAAAUAAUGUAAAAAUUUCAAAGAGUAAUGAAAAUGCUAUAUCGGGUAAAAUAAUGGGCAUUUCUAACAAAAUUGCCGAAUUAGACAAACAUUCAUGCAGUGAAAAAAGUUAUGAUAAACUUUUAGAAAAAACGGAGCAAAUAAAACUAAAAAAUAUACGUGAUUCCUUUAAUCAAGAAAAGGGAGACGCAGAUAUUGACUUAAAUUUGAGUAAUAUAAAAGAAGAUUUUAUCACUUCACAAACAUCCUUAAAAACUGUUGAACAGGCAAUUGGAGCUUUAAAGGCAAAUGAAACCAGUACUGAAAAUCUGCAAGGAAAAAGUGAUCAGAUCGAAACAGUACGUAACAAAAUAGGUAGCAUAGAACAAAAUAUUGCAAAUCUAAGUACAUCCUUGGACAAAUUAAUAAAUAGGGGAAGAAAAUGUGAAAUAGCUAGGUACACAUCCUUCAGGGAUAGUGUUAAAAGCAAAAUAAAUGCAGAAGAAGAAAUAAUCGAUAAUAUGCAGAAACAUGUUAGUCAAUAUUUGACAUAUGUUGAAGAUAAUUACAAAGCCACAGUGAAGGACGUUCUUACAUUAAAUGAAUAUUUUAGCGACAAAAUGGUAACUGAUCACGCUGCGAGUAAUUUUGAAAAAUCAAAUAAAUCUUCUGAAGAAUUAUCUGCAGCGGUCCAACAAUCCAGAGCAAUAAUAAACAAUAUAAAAAAUGCCCUCACACAAGUUAACGAAGAAACUGAAUUUAGUACGUUAGAAAACAGCGCACAAGAAAUAGAAAAGCUUUACAAUACAUUACAUGAUAAAAAAAACGCAGUAAACGAAAUUUACAAAAAUUCCAUUUUAAUUAAAUCUCAAGAAAUGAAAUCAAAUGCUGCUAAAUAUACCGAUAUGGCUAAAAUAUUCAGCAAAGUUCUAGACACCCAAAAAUCGAGAAUUACAAAUAACAAGAGUAGCGUAACCCGCCUUAAAGACAUGAUAAAUGUACAACUUAAUAAUUUGGAACACACGGACAGCACAUUUACAUUAGCAUCCGUAAAUACGUUUCAUGAAUUAAGCGAUAAAAUUAAAACGAGUAUAGAUGAGUUGAAAAAGCUAGAACAAACUAAUCGCCAAGAACAUAAUAAUGUGGAAACGCAUAAAGAACGAAUUACACAUUUAAUAAACAGAAGAAACAGCCUGAAAAACGGUGUAAAAGAAUACGAAGAAGAUGCAAAUUUAAAAAAAUUUAGAGGCGAUAUACUAAAUCAGGCAAUUAAUGACAUAAGGAAUACUACUGAGGAACUUAGCAACUCCGAUGAGCUGUACAUCAAAUUAAUAAAAAAAGUUGACGAAAAUAAUGAACUGUGUAAAAAUAACUAUACAGAAAAUUACGUUUCUCAAGUACUGCAAAAAAUCGAGGACCUGAAAAAACGCUUCAAUCAAAAUUUACCAGAAAGGGAAAAAAUUUUACAAAUUCAGAGCAACUUUAAUGAAAUUAAAUCCAUAUUUGAUGAAGUAAAAACGUUAUAUAACGUAGAAGAAUUUGUAACGAACAUGUAUACACAAAUAAAUGGUGAAAAGGAAAAACUAAAGGAACAGACAAAUAUGGAAAAAAUAAAAUUGGCAAUACAAAAUGUUACAAAUAACAACGGUGAUGUGAAAUCUUAUUUAUCCAAAUUUAUUGGUAACCUAGAAAGAAUAAAUAUCGCGAAAAAAGAAAUGGACGAUUUAUUCAGCUCACUAUCCACAAAUAAUACAAGUGCAAACCAAAAUGCAAAACAGUAUGUAAACGAUUCGGUAAAAAUCAUCAAUGAACUAAGUAGCCAUAUUUCUAAAAUAACCGAACUAAAGAAUUAUGCUGAAGGCAUGAUAACCGAAUUAGAAGAAGUAUCUAAGUCAAUACGCCCACCUUCGAAUGACUCAAAGUAUGAGACGCAAAUGUUAUCAGAAGAAACUGAUAGCACACAUCAAGACGAUUCACAGAGUGAUGGUCAUUCAGGGGCAAAAAAUGCAGAUGGAAGAACUCGUCUGGCAGGAGGCGUUAUUAUUGGUUUGUCUGUCAUUUCUGGAGUUGUCCUAUUAAACCGUAAGCAAAAUCCUGAUGAUGAAGAGGAGCAUCAUGAACACGCCGAUCAUGAAGCAUUUCUGGAUAACAGCGACUAUAUUAUGCACGAUAAGGAAGAAGUCAUUGAAGUUUCUUUCAAUGACAACGAUUAG